UACAAUACAAGGGAGAGCACAAGAAGUCACAGCAGAAUAUUUAUAUUUUUAUUUAUAUUGUAUUGGAAAACCUGCUUUUGAAGAUAAAGCAUUAGUUAAACAAUAUGGGGUACAUUUAAUUUUCCAGAAGGGAACGUACUCUGUAAGCCCCAAUGCCUGGAAGGGUGCUGGGGAAGGACCAUACGAGUUCUGCCACACUUCAACAAGGUAUAGCAUAUAGGGUGUUUGGAUAACUGCAUGGGUCAAGAUGAAGGGACACAGUCAAGAGAUUAAACUAAAGCAGUAAAACUGACACCAAAUUCGAUCUUAGAGUGACAGAACACACUGCCUGGAACUCACAUGGGAACACCUGACAAUAUCCAAGGGCAAGUCCUGCCUGAGCAACUUAGUGGCCUUCUAUGAUGUAGUGACUAUCAGUUGACAAGGGCAGAGCUACAGAUGUCAUCCGUCUGGACUUCUGUAAGGCCUUUGACAUGGUCCCCGACAACAUCCUUCUUUCUAAAUUGGAGAGAUAGGGAUUUGAUGGAUGGACUGUUCAGUGGGUGAAGAAUUGGCUGGAUGGUUGCACCCAGAGAGUGGUGGUCAACAGCUCAAUGUCUGGAUGGAGUCCAGACUCUCAGGGGUCUGUACUGGGACCAGUACUGUUUAAUAUCUCAUCAACAACAUAGUGGGAUUGAGUGCACCCUAAGCAACUUUGCAGAUGACACCAAGCUGAGUGGUGUGGUUGACAUGCUUGAGGGAAGGGAUGCCACCCAGAGGGACCUGGACAAGCUUCAGAAGUGGGCCCAUGUGAACCUCAUGAGGUUCAAAAAGGCCAAGUGCAAGGUCCUGCACCUGGAUCAGGGCAACCCCUGGUAUCAGUACAGGCUGGGGGAUGAAGGGGUUGAGAGAAGCCCUGCCAAGAAGGACUUGGGGGUACUGGUGGAUGAAAAGCUGGACAUGAGCCAGCAAAGUGUGCCCAGAGCCCAGAAGGCCAAUUGUAUCCUGGGCUGCAUAAAAAGAAAUGUGGCCAGCAGGUCGAGGCAGGUGAUUCUGCCCCUCUGCUCCACUGUGGUGAGACCCCACCUGGAGUACUGCACCCAGGUCUGGAGUCCUCAGUUGAAGAAAGACAUGGACCUGUUGAUUUUUAAACUAAAGGAGGAUGGAUUCAGAGUAGGUAUAAGGAAGAAAUUUUUUAUGAUGAGGGUGGUGAAACACUGGAACAGGUUGCCCAGAGAGGUGGUGGAUACCCCAUUCCUGGAAACUUUCAAGGUCAUUUUGAGUGGGGACUGAGCAACCUGA